AUGGCAACUUCUAAAGUAGUUCUCGGUAACAUUCUCUUUGUGUUUGUUUGUUUAGGAAUUUGCUCUGCUGCAAGAACACUCCUCACUCUAGAGGACCGUGUCAACUUGCAUGUUGGCACUGUUGUUGGUGGAUAUGGCGGUGGUGGAGGAAGUGGCGGCGGCGGAGGAGGAGGUGCUGGAGUAGAGCACGGUGCUGGUGGCUACGGAGAAGGAGCUGGAGGAGGUGAAGGUGCCGGUGCUGGAUAUGGGGCUGCGGGUGGUGGACACGGUGGUGGUGGAGGAAACGGUGGUGGCGGUGGCGGUGCUGCUGAUGGAGGUGGAUACGGAGGAGGGGCCGGUAAGGGUGGUGGUGAAGGAUAUGGCGGAGGUGGAGCAAAUGGGGGUGGUUAUGGUGGUGGAAGUGGGGGAGGAGGAGGCGGUGGUGCAGGGGGUGCUGGUAGUGGUUAUGGAGGCGGGGAAGGGAGUGGGGCUGGUGGUGGCUACGGUGGAGCCAAUGGUGGAGGAGGAGGAGGUGGAAGUGGUGGGGGUGGUGGAGGAGGUGCUGGCGGAGCAAAUGGAGGAGGAUAUGGUGGUGGUGAGGGAGCUGGACAAGGAGCCGGUGGAGGAUACGGUGGUGGAGCAGCUGGUGGGGGUGGGGGUGGCUCUGGUGGCGGUGGCGGUGGAGGCUAUGGCGGUGGAGGUGCACGUGGGGGUGGGUAUGGAGGUGGUGGUGGGAGUGGCGAAGGUGGUGGCCACGGUGGUGGAUACUACCCCUGA